AUGGCUCCCCCGCACGGAACCGGCCUGGCUGUGCGCUCCAUGGUCCGCAUUCCCGGCAGCGGCUGGGACCGAGCUGCAAGCGCAGUCUGCUGCGACUUCUCCAAGGUGUCGACCCUGUCCACCAGAAGAUCUCCUCGCGGCCCUCUCCUGCAGCCUCCAACAUGAACAAGCUGGCUGCCGACGAGGCGCAGAAGAAGGUCUGUGAGGAAGUGGCAGGGGGCUCCCGGAAGCGGGCCUCUGAGGACACCCGUCUGACUCCCGAGCCGUCGAGUUCUAAGGUUGCCAGGACGUCGAGCGUGACUCCGAAAACGCCGUCGGGUGUGGCGAGAACCGCAAACCCGCCGAGAGUUGUUAUGCUUCGCCCGGUUCAGCAGCUACCGGAUUCAUACAAGCAAAUGCAGCCUGUGCCUGCUCUACAAGGAACACUACAUGGGCGCCCUGUUAAGCUUAUACCUGUUGCCCAUCUGGUCGGAGUUCCCCUGUCCUCUGCUGUAUUGUGCGGACCGUCGCCGUCGCCUUCAAAUGCAGCAAGUCGACCGACGGUUCCCAGCUCGGCAAGGAGACCAGCAGUAGGCAACGGCGCAGAGAAAAUUCAGCCUAUGCACUCGGGUGUAAUUCUUCAGACAGCUACAACAGAACCUCUCCAGCGUAUUUCUAUAACUGAAUCGUCCAUCCAGAAAUUGAUUGAGGAAUCACAACAGCUCCGGCGACAGAAUGUAUUACUAAACCAACGAUUAUCACAAUACCAAGAAAUAUUUUCUGACGGCCAGAGACUCAGGAGAGAGAUGAGUUCUUUAGGAAUUCAGAUGUACUAAGAGAUAUAUUAUUUUAGUAAAUUAAUUAAUAUUU